AUGGCCUUGACCCUCACCCCCUUUCUCUACCCAACCCUCCUCCGUCCCCGUCCCCGUCCCCUCUCCAUCUCCAAAGCCUUCGGAGCCGCAACGUGCCGCUGCUCGUCCUCGGCGACCAAGACGGUCAACGGCCUCCCUCGGUCACGCCUCAACCCCGCUCCCGACGACUACAGCGCCCCCUCCUUCGCCGACAUCGCUCAGCUCACCCUCAGCGCCGGCCGCGGCGGCAGCGGCUGCAUCUCCUUCCAGCGCGAGGCCUACCUGCCCGACGGUCCUCCCAACGGCGGCGAUGGCGGUGCCGGCGGCAGCGUCUACAUCCAGGCCGCCCACGGCGAGACAUCGCUCCACAAGCUCGCCCGCCGUCGCUUCGUCCGCGCCGGCCGUGGCAAGCAUGGCCAGGGCAGCGCCAAGGGCGGUUCCCGCGGCGAGGACGUCAUCAUCACCGUCCCCGUCGGCACCAUCGUCCGCGAGCUCGACCGCCAGGACCCGGCCGCCGACGAGGCCGUCACCAUCGCCGCCUGGAAGUCGGCCCAGAAGCAGAGGAGGAAGGAGCUGCAGCAGGCUCCGGUCCCCGUCGCGAAGCCGGUCGAGGACGAGGGCGGGAAGGAGCACGUCGGCGAGAGGAAGAGAAGGCAGGCCGAGCAGUGGGUGGACGAGCAGGACGCCGAUCUCGAACUCGACGACCCUCAGCGCCAGAAGUGGCUCCUCUACCCGGGCAUGUCCAAGUCCGAGAUGAAGAGCGCAUCCUUCCCUCGGCUCCCAACCCGCACCCGUCUUCUGCAGCAGCCACCGUCCCCCGUAUAUCUCGACCUCUCGCGUCCCACGCCCGCGCCCAUCCUCCUCGCCGCCGGCGGCAUCGGCGGUCUCGGCAACCCGCACUUCACCUCGAGGGACCACCCCCGUCCCUUGUUCGCCACCAAGGGUGAGGAGGCCGUCUCCAUGACCGUCGCCCUCGAGCUCAAGCUCCUCGCCGACGUCGGCCUCGUCGGCCUGCCCAACGCCGGCAAGAGCACCCUCCUGCGCGCCCUCACCAACAGCCGCACCCGCGUCGGCAGCUGGGCCUUCACCACUCUGCAGCCCAACAUCGGCACCGUCGUCCUCGACAAGUACUCGGGCCGGCCCGCCAUCCAGAUGCAGCCCAAGACUCCUCGCCACCCGCUCGCUCCGCACGCCACGCCGACGGAGCCUGCCGCCGAGGCCCGCACGCGAUUCACCGUCGCCGACAUCCCCGGUCUCAUCGAGGGCGCUCACCUCGACCGCGGCCUCGGCAUCGCCUUCCUGCGCCACGUCGAGCGGGCCGGCCUGCUCGCCUUCGUCGUCGAUCUCGCCGCCGGCAACGCCGUCCGCGCCCUCGACGCCCUGUGGCGAGAGGUUGGCCUCUACGCCCAGAUGCGCGACGACGAGGAGCGUGACCGCGAGGUCGACUCGCGCGUCGACUGGAACCUCGCUUCCGACGUUGCCCAUGGUCCGCUGAACCUCGGUCCCGGCCUUGCCGAGGAGCCGACGUCUUCUCCCGCCCUGCACAUUGCCGGAAAGCCUUGGUUCGUCGUCGCCACCAAGGCAGACCUGCCCGGCACCCAGGACAACUUUGCCAACCUCAAGGCCUACCUCGAGAGGGUGAAGAGCGGAACGGUGCCGCACCCGAGCGGCGUCGACGGUGCCUGGACCAAGAACUGCGCGGCCAUCCCCGUCAGUGCCAUCAACGGUCAGGGCGUCGAUCGCAUCGUCCACUGGGCUGUCGGCCUCUUGGAUGAGUAG